UUUACUUUCCAACUAAGCACAAGCUAGACUUUGGUCCAAAAAUAUUGGACACUUUCCACAUCAAAAACCCAAACCCUAUCUCUUAUUGGCCUUUGUCCAUCCUUCUAGUUUAGCUUAGCUUCAAUGGCCUCUGUUUCAGCAACUUCUCUCAGCUUCCAACCCUCUCUCAAGUUGUCUACAAGGACUAGCCAGGGGUGUUACAAAACUUCAAGUUUGGAGGUAGUUUCUGUGGGAUGGAAUAGGAGAACCUUUCCCUCUUUGAGAUCCUCCCGUUUCUGCAUUUGUGCAGUCAAGGCACAACCGGAGACAGUGCAGAAGGUCUGCAAUAUUGUGAGGAAACAACUUGCUCUGCCUGCUGAAUCUGAGCUUACCCCAGACACCAAAUUUUCAGCACUUGGUGCUGAUUCCCUUGACACGGUGGAAAUAGUAAUGGGUUUAGAGGAAGAGUUUGGCAUAACUGUUGAGGAGGAUGGCUCUCAAAACAUCUCAACCGUUCAAGAGGCAGCUGAUUUAAUAGAGAAACUGGUUCAAGACAAAAGUGGAGCUAGUUAGUUAGGAGUUAGAACGUGAUAGCUCUAGGGAAAAUGCAUUGAGUGUGUAACUGAAUGAGGUUAAUUAUUCAGCCCAUUGGCUGGCCCCGUUUUUGUGCUUAUGCGUAUUCUUUAGCAAGUUUUUGUUAUUUUCUUUUAUCCCCAUUCUGACUUUGUUCUUCAAUUUGCUAUUUGAUGCAAGAUGUUAGCCCAAAACGCUUGUUUUUUUCUCUCUCACGAUAAGCAUCUCAUUUGGUUUGGUGGGGCAAUA